CCUGAAACAGACAAGGCUAAAGGCUAGCAGUAGUAGCUUACCCUGAUAGAAGAGAGAUAAAUCGUCAUAUAUUAUUACAGACAGUCACUCUCAGUUUUCCUUAUACGUAUCAAUUCCAUACCUUCACUCACAUUCACUUGCCCUCAGCCUCACUCACUGGCAUCUCGAAGACUCGACUCCUCACCACCGAAGCAUUUAAUCACAUCAAAGGAGUACAAUUCAGUCAAUCCACGUCUAUCCCACAGCAAGAACAAUCAAAAUGCAACUAGUCAGAUUGCAAGGCGGUCCAUCUCAAUGGAACGAUGUCAAAGACGCAGCCGACAUCCUAUGGCGCUCAACUCACAGCCCAGACAUCAACGACAUAACCACCGCAUUGCGCGACCACUACCAAAACCCAACCCUCAGUGUCUCAGAACUCUGGACCGGCUUCAACGCUAGCCGCAGAGCCGUCGUAGUCUACAACACUGAUAAAAUCACCAUCGCAUUUCUCGGCUCAGACCCCAACGAGCUCCACAUGAAUACGUGGACCGAUGGCUCAGGAUGGUUGGGAAUUCCGUAUCCCGUGUUCGAAAAUGGGAAUCGCAUUCAUAGCUUCUUUCGCGACAUGUGGCAUGCGAUGCGACAGGCGACGUUCGAUGCGCUUGAUAGUGCAGUCCAGGAUAUGGCUGCGCGCGGUGCGACGCCCAAGCAGAUUAUUGUCACGGGGUUUUCGAUGGGGGGCGGGAUUAGCAUAAUGGCGUUUACGGAUAUCCUUGAGAGGAUCCGGCAUACCUGGGGUGACCAGUCUGGCUCACCGCAAUCGUGGGCUCGCGACGAAGUGCUCAGGGAGCUGGUUCAGCAUAUCACUUUUGCGGCUGUUGCUGCGGGGGAUAUAGGGUACUAUACCGUUUUAAAUGACUUGUACCACAAAUAUCAGAUUCGUGCGUGGGAUUUCAUGAAUCAUCGCGAUUGGACGGUACAUAUCCAUCAUUGGUCAUUUCGGUCUUGGAGGGGGUAUCGAUAUGUUUUGCCUGAUGCGAUGGUGAGGCAGUUUGGCGAUGAGUUUGGUGGAAAUGGGCAUGGGAUUUGGGGGUAUCUGAGGGUGGCAGAGUGGAUGGCUGGGGAUGGGGAUGGUCAGGUGGAUUCAGUGUAUAAUUAUUGAUGACAUGCUUGUAUUGCGGGAGAACUGUGAAACAUGUAGAGAUACUUGUAACCAAGGAU